UGCCACACACGCACACACGCCCACACUCAGAGGUGUUGUGCACCACAGCUCGGCCUCCUGCCAGCUCGCAGCGCGUUGUGCUCCUUGCCUCCACCGCCAUGGCUGAAGGUGCCUACCUAGGAUGGGACUUCAGCACCCAGCAGGUGAAAGUCAUUGCUGUUGAUGAAAAACUGAAUGUCACCUAUGAAGAGAGUGUUAAUUUUGAUAAAGAACUUCCAGAAUUUGGGACCCAGGGUGGAGUGCAUGUUCAUAGUGACAAACUCACAGUGACUUCUCCUGUUUUAAUGUGGGUCAAGGCCUUGGAUAUAAUCUUGGAGAAGAUGAAGUCUUCUGGUUUCAACUUUUCUCAAGUCAAAGCUUUGUCUGGGGCUGGCCAGAGAAUCGCUUUGGUUAGUAAUUUUGCGGCUUCUCUCUUCCUUGGAUCCUAUACACCCAUUGAUUAUGGUGAUGGUUCUGGGAUGAAUUUAUUGAACAUACGUAAAAAGUCCUGGUCCCAGCUCUGCCUUGAUGCAUGUGCACCUGAGUUAGAGGAGAAACUUGGACCAGCGGUACCCUCGAGUUCAGUACUGGGACCCAUUUCUUCCUAUCAUGUUCAGCGUUACGGGUUCAACUCUGAAUGUAAAGUGAUAGCCUUCACUGGAGACAAUCCAGCAUCAUUGGCUGGAAUGAGACUGGAAGAAGGUGACAUUGCAGUCAGCCUUGGCACCAGUGACACUCUGUUUCUCUGGAUCAAGGAGCCAACUCCUGCUUUAGAAGGACACAUCUUCUGUAACCCUGUUAAUUCUCAAGAGUACAUGGCCCUUUUGUGCUUUAAGAAUGGGUCUCUGAUGAGAGAGAAGGUCCGAGAUGAAUCUGCUUCAGGCUCCUGGGAUGAGUUCUCUCUAGCUCUACGAUCCACUGAAAUCGGAAAUUGUGGAAAUCUGGGUUUUUAUUUUGAUGUGAUGGAAAUUACUCCAGAGACCACUGGGCGUCACAGGUUCAAUGCAGACAAUCAGAAGGUAUCAAAAUUUCCUAAAGAGAUGGAGGUCCGAGCUUUGAUUGAAGGACAGUUCAUGGCCAAAAGGAUUCAUGCUGAAAAGCUGGGCUACAGAAUUGUGCCAAGGACCAAGAUUCUGGCUACUGGAGGAGCCUCACAUAAUAGAGACAUCUUACAGGUUUUAUCUGAUGUGUUCAAUGCCCCAGUAUACACUAUUGAAACUGCCAACUCAGCUUGUUUGGGAUGUGCUUAUAGAGCAAUUCAUGGCCUUGCCAUAGGGGAGAAGGCUUCCUUUACUGAUGUUGUGAAAUUAGCCCCGGAGCCCAGAUUAGCCGCUGUACCAACUGCUGGAGCAGCUCAGGUUUAUGGACCACUCCUCAAGAGGUAUGCUGAGUUGGAACAGCAGAUUGUCCUGCAAUCCCAUGCACCACCCAACUGAAAAGUCAGGUGCUCCAAAAUUGCUGUCAAUGUGGAAAAGAGGAAUCGACAUGUCCCGAAAUUUCCUGUGAUUGUUCCCGUUUCUUCCUCUGGUUAAUCAAGCAUAAUGAGUAGGGGUCCAACUCAACAGUCUCCUCCUCCUCUAGGAAGCUGCCUUUCACUGCUCUGGUCUACGCUGAACCCUCCUCUGACCUUGGCCACCAAACCGGAUUACACACUGCCAUAGAGUGUUGUCUGCUUCAAUGAUGUGUCUCCUCUCCCCAACAAGGCUUUAAUCACUUUAAUCACUAAUCACUUUAAAGGGAGGCACCAGAUUCCAUGCAUAAGUUUGCCCUGAACAAUGUCUCACAAAAAUUUUGUUAAUAGAUUUCACCUAAACUCCCUGAUAAAGUACAUUUCCUAAACAAUGUUCACAAGGAUCUAUGACAUGCUUUCACCAAAACUCUUUAAGCAGAACGUGUAUGUUGUCUGUAUUCCAUGCACUCAAAAGCCUGAGUACUGAUUAAAGGCUAAUGGAAAUGAAUUGAAACCCAAAUAAAAUGAAUUAUAGCUUCUA